AUGCUCCCCACACCUCGGCCGCCUUCACAUGCCCGCUUCCACGGCUUCAGUGAACUUCAUCUCUUGUCUCCCUCCUCCAAAUGCGGUCUUCCUUUUCCUGAAUGCGUGCCGUAUGGCUUGGACAUGAUGGAAGAAUACACGGCCGACGCUUUCGCCAACCGCGAUGAACCCGUUCCCGCUCUGUCCUUCGGCAACCAAGAAGACUCGACGCCAUCCCGGCCGAGCAAGCGAGAAAAGCUCAAGGCGAAAUUCGGCGUGAAUCAGAACGGCAAAGGCACCGACAAAGAUGAUCAGCCUGGUCUCUCUAUACAGGACCGGCUCUUUUCAAGGCUUCUACAACAAGUCGUCCCCGCCCAAGAUGUCGACCAGGAGGACGGCGACGAGGUCGUCGACAAGCGUGCACCCAAGCAGGCUGCGCGCCCUCCCUUCAGUCUUCCGGUCAUGACCAACAAUUUCCGUCGCUUCAAUGCUAGAAUUGGGAUCGCGUUCGUAUUCCAGAAUCGAAUGAUCCAGCUCUUCAGUUGGAGACAGCCCACCAAGACUUGGUCAUUCUUAGCUGCAUAUUCAUUCAUCUGCCUCAAUCCAUAUCUUCUGGUGGUGCUACCUCUCGCCUUGGUGUUGCUAUCCAUCAUGGUUCCGGCCUUCCUAGCUCGUCAUCCACCACCGCCGUCGGCCUCAACAUCCGGAACAACUCCAUAUUACUCAUACGAUGGCCCGGCAUUAGCGCCAGCAAAAACCAUCAAACCAGCCAGCGAAACAUCGAAAGACUUCUUCCGCAACAUGCGAGACCUUCAAAAUUCAAUGGCCGACUUUUCGGCCCUGCACGAUACCCUCGUUGCUGCCUUAUCCCCACCUACAAAUUUCUCUGAUGAAACCUUAUCGUCAACUGUAUUCUUAGUUCUUACCUUUGUCACAGCCUCGUUGUUUUUAACUGCCCAUCUGCUUCCAUGGCGACUAAUUCUCUUUUUUGGCGGCAAUGGCGCCAUAAUAUCUUCCCAUCCGACCGUUCAACAGUUUCUAAAUCAAACCACGGAGCCUAGUGGCGUCGACGAGAAGCCAGACCAGAAACCUUCGGCCUCGAGUCUCGAUAAAAGCACUCCUCCAACACCAGCUAUGUCAUUACAGACCAUGCUCAACCCAUUAUCGGAAAUUUCUCUCGAUUCUUCUCCAGAGGAGCGGGAAGUCGAGAUUUUUGAAUUACAACACCGUUCCGUAUUCCCUUUCUCCUCGACGUCUGAAUGGGAGACAUUGCUAUUCUCUCCGCUACCUUAUGACCCACUGUCACCUUCUCGGAUCGCGGGUGAUCGCCCACGAGGCUGUCGGUUCUUUGAAGAUGUACAAACACCACUAGGUUGGGCAUGGAAGGGCAAGAAAUGGGAGUUGGAUCUGGAAUGUCGCGAAUGGGUAGUGGAGCGCAUGAUUACUGGUGUCGGGUUUGAAAUUCCCAGCAGCAGCCAAAUGGGAAAUGACGCUUUGACUGAAGAUCAAGUCGGGGGAUGGGUGUGGGAUCUACCGACGGUCCCAUCCCAGACUCCCAUGAACGAUGACGAGUUCAGCAUGAUGGCAUAUGGAGACUUGAACGUGUCAGCGCCCAGUGCUGAAGCAAAGUCGAAAGGCAAAGUCAAAGUCAAGGGCGGUCAAGGCCGAGACUGGGAAGAGAGUAUGCAGUCACAAAAAGCCGGCGAAUGGCGGCGGCGACGUUGGGUUCGUGUUGUGCAUCGCAUCAGUAUUCCAACAACUGAACGGGCUUCGAAUCGCAACUCCAAGAAAUAG